CACGUCUCGCCAGGCUCUCUCUCCAGCGGCCUAGCCACCUGCAGUCCCUCGCGUGGCCCCUCGCAUGGCCAGCUCUGGUCUGAGGACAUUCGGACAUUCGUCACCUCUGCCGGCUGCCCGGCCCUCUUCUCUGUCACGGCGGCUCAUCCUGCGUCCGGGUUGUCGCUGUUGCUUUUUUUUUUUUUUUUUUUUUUUUUUUGGCGUCUGCACAGGUCCUGUCUGUCUCCCCUGCUGCCCGCUGAGCGACAGAAGGGCAGGGGCCACGUCCCUUGCACUCUUAACCAGCGACAGCCAGCCCCUGGCGGGAAGCCUCGUUGGCACUCGGCAGAUCUCAGAACCAGUGUGGGUGCGGCCUGGAUGUCAGCGUCCCCGCUGCCUGUGUGCUAAGGGCGCCCGCUGGAAAAGCCGUUCUGUCAGAUCUGUGUCCCAUUCCUGCCUACGGGUCUUAUUCACUGUGUCUGACCGCCCCGGGCCUCAGUCUCUUACAUCUGUGAAAUGGACCACCCUGUGCAACACGUCCUUGGACAACCCGACCCAGCGGAGCAAGGACCAGCUGAUCCAAGCGGCCAUCAAGUUUCUGGACACUGACACCAUCUGCUACAGGGUGGAAGAGCCCGAGACCUUGGUGGAGCUCCAAAAGAAUGAAUGGGAUCCAGUUAUAGAGUGGGCUGAGAACAGGUACGGCGUGGAGAUCGGCUCCUCCACCAGUAUCAUGGGACCCAGCAUCCCCGCCAGGACUCACAAGGUGCUGGCCAACCACCUGGCAUCCUACAACAUGUGGGCCCUCCAAGGUGUGCCCGGAGAGCGCGUGCGCAGCUUCCUGUGGGCGGGGAUCGAGUUCGUGGUGACCCAGCUCAAGUCCAUGGUGCUGACCUUGGGCCUGACCGACCUGCACCUGACGGUGGAGCAGGCCGUGCUGCUGUCGCGCCUGGAGGAGGAGUACCAGAUCCAGAAGUGGGGCAACGUGGAGUGGGCCCACGACUACGAGCUGCAGGAGCUGCGGGCCCGCACGGCCGCCGGCACCCUCUUCAUCCACCUCUGCUCCCAGAGCUCCACGGUCAAGCACAAACUCCUGCAGGAGUGAGGCCGGGCGUCCGGGGGCGGGGGGGCAGGACAGAGGCUGCACGGCCACAGCCCCCAUCCCCCCAUCCCGGCCUGCACAUCCUCCCUGAGUCACCCCAGGACUGCAGCCGACUCGGGGUGCCGCGGGCUGGCCAGCGGUGACGGAGGGUUGGGGCCGAGAGACUGGGCGAGAGACUUCCCCUCGACCCUAACUUUAUUAAAAUAGCCCUUUGCACUGGCA